AUGGGAAGAGGGAGAGUGGAGAUGAAGUUGAUAGAGAACAAAAUCAAUAGACAAGUGACCUUCUCAAAAAGAAGAAACGGUUUGUUGAAGAAAGCUUAUGAGCUCUCUGUUCUCUGUGAUGCUGAAGUUGCUCUCAUCGUCUUCUCUAGCCGCGGCAAGCUCUACGAGUUCGGCAGUGUCGGAGUUGAAAGAACAAUUGAACGGUAUCACCGUUGCUACAACUGUUCUCUUCGCAAUAAUAGGCCUGAGGAGUCUACACAGAAUUGGAAUCAGGAGGUGAAAAAGCUCAAAUCCAAAUACGAAUCUCUUGUUCGCGCUAAUAGGCGCUUACUUGGAGAAGAUCUUGGAGAAAUGAGCGUGAAGGAACUGCAAGGGUUGGAGAGGCAGCUGGAAGCCGCUCUUACUGCCACUCGAAAACGCAAGACACAAGUUAUGAUGGAAGAAAUGGAAGAUCUUCGGAAAAAGGAGAGGCAACUCGGAGACAUAAACAAACAACUUAAGAUUAAGUUUGAGACCGAAAGCCAUGCUUUCAAAUCGUUUCAAGACUUAUGGCCAAACACGGUAGCAUCAGUGAACGGUGAUCCCAGUAAUUCUGAAUUCCUGGUUCAGUCUAGUUCAGUGGAUUGCAACACCGAGCCCUUUUUACAAAUAGGGUUCCAACAAUAUUACUACAUGCAAGGCGAAGGUUCUUCUGUACCAAAGAGUAACAUGGCAUGUGAGACCAAUUUCGUCCAAGGUUGGGUUCUUUGACAUGUUGUUGACUACAUCCCAAGGCCACUGGUGUCACGCCAAUUUCAGCUCUAAAGCUAUAUUUGUCAAUUAGA